GGAGACUUCAGCCAGGUCUAUUUGACUCUUGCUGUUAUCUGGUUACCCAAGUUUUUUUUUUUCUCCCCCCCCACCAGAAAGUUUCCCGCCUCCGGUAAUUGUUACAGAACGAAGUAUUUAGUUUUGUCUUUAUUAAUACGGUAGUGGUUUCAAACUUGAAUAACCGUUAGCUCCUGAACUCUUGUUUGCUAGUCAGUGUUAUCGCUUCGUUCACUGGUACGUUGUGGAGAGCUAGCCUCGCCGGCUAACCACUUUUUCCUGGCGACUCCGCUUGAAACACCCAGAAGGAAUGAACCAUAAAAGUAAGAAACGAAUCAAAGAAGCGAAACGGAGUGCUAGACCCGAAUUAAAGGAUUCACUUGACUGGACAAAACAUAACUACUUCGAGACUUUUGAUCUUUCGCACCGGACAGUGAAGGACAAUGUGGAACGGGUGGAUGCCCAGCACCUGAGCCCAGAAGAGUUCAUUCAGCGCUUCGAGAAGCCCUACAAGCCUGUAGUUCUUCUUAAUUGCCAGGCGUCGUGGCCUGCCAGGGAGAAAUGGACCCUGGAACGCCUGAAGCGCAAGUACCGUAACCAGAAAUUCAAGUGUGGAGAGGACAAUGAUGGCUACUCAGUCAAGAUGAAGAUGAAGUAUUAUGUUGAAUAUAUGGAAUCCACGCAUGAUGACAGUCCACUCUAUAUCUUCGAUAGCAGUUACGGUGAGCAUGCAAAACGCCGCAAGCUGCUUGAAGACUAUCAGGUGCCCCUCUUCUUUAGAGAUGACCUCUUUCAAUUUGCUGGAGAAAAGCGCCGACCACCUUACAGGUGGUUUGUUAUGGGCCCUGCACGCUCUGGCACGGGCAUUCACAUUGACCCACUGGGCACGAGUGCAUGGAACGCCCUGGUGCAGGGUCAUAAGCGCUGGUGCUUGUUCCCCACACACACACCACGUGAGCUUAUCAAGGUGACGCGAGAAGUGGGUGGCAACCAGCAAGAUGAAGCUAUCACCUGGUUCCGUGUGAUUUACCCACGCACACAGGUACCUUCCUGGCCUGCUGAAUUCAGGCCACUGGAGAUUCUGCAGCGCCCUGGAGAAACUGUCUUUGUUCCCGGUGGCUGGUGGCAUGUUGUCCUCAACUUGGAGAUUACCAUUGCAGUCACUCAGAACUUCGCAAGUACCACAAAUUUCCCCAUUGUUUGGCACAAGACUGUUCGUGGGCGGCCUAAACUAUCCAGGAAGUGGUACAGAAUUCUAAAACAGGAGCGGCCAGAUAUAACUUCUCUGGCAGACAAAGUGGACCUGCAGGAGUCCACAGGCAUUGCUUCAGACAGCUCUAGCGACUCCUCAUCCUCCUCUUCCUCUAGUUCCUCUGAUUCUGAUUCGGAGGCUGAAUCAGGCACUGAGGUUGAUGCCAUGACUCACCGCAGGAAGAAGCGAAGAACCUGUGUUGUAAUGGAAAAUGGUGACAGCACAAGCCAAGAUGACUGCGUGAGCAAAGAGCGUAGCUCCUCACGAUGACCUGCUAAUUCCACCAGAGGGAUCUGACCAGAUGUCACUUUCCCUCACUCGGCUUUGCUGCCCAAAUAAAUCGUUAAUGACUUAACUGGCACCAGAGGAAAGGAAUAUCCAUUUGUGCAUGGUAUUUGUUUGACAUGGUGACCAUGAAAUACUAGGAUAAUGAUUGCGGCGAUGGUCUUUGCAUAAUGGCAGGCUAUAUGGUACAUUUUUCUUGCCUUGUUGAUUCUUGUGUUGGGAUAAGUGUUGGUAGUGAUCUGUUCAUCUGCCACAUCCUGUUUCACUUAAUCUAUAGGGGUGCUCAUUUAUGUGUAAUUUAGCCUUCUUUGGCUUCCCCCUUACUGAUUUAUUACUGUUGUUCUAUGCUGUUAUGCCCAAGCUUCACCCUUUUGGACCCUGGUGCAGAAAAAACUAAAAUAACUAUGAACAUUGUUGCUUCAUAACAUGUACCAGCCUAGAUGGCUGCAUUACUGCAGCAGUUUUAUUAAUGCUGAAUUCACGUUGGAUUUUAUAUUUAAUGCAUUUCUGAAGUUCACUUUUUAAUAGAGUAAUACUCCAGUUUUUAAUCUGUACUGCAUCUGUAGUGUAUAUGCACACAAUUAAAAUGCAUUUCUUUGCACUGAGAACUGAAUCCUCCCUCCUAAUGGAAAUCUAAAGGUAGUGUUAAAUUAUGUCAAUAAAUGUUUGUGAUACACAUUUGUUGAAGGCUGUCAAGAAUUCUUAAUAAAAAAUUUGAAAGCGUA